AUGUCCUUCUUCCCCAGGACGGUGAGAGACUGGAACGCCGUCCCGCCAGACAUCAUCCUCGCCAACACACUGGAAGCCUUCAAGUCUGUGUUUGACCAACUAGAAGCAGAAGAGAUGAGGCGAGCAAGAACCAAGUCCAACCCUUACGAAACAAUAAGAGGAGUGUUCUUCCAAAACCGGGCUGCCAUGAAGAUGGCUAACAUGGAUGCCGUGCUUGAUUUCAUGUUUACAAAACCAGAGACGGUGGAAGGGAAAUCACUCAUCAACCCGGGUGAGCUGCUGUACUUCUCAGAUAUAUGUGCGGGGCCCGGGGGAUUCAGUGAAUAUAUCCUGUGGAGAGCAAAAGGGGAGGCUAAAGGGUUUGGAAUGACCCUUAAAGGGGCGUGUGACUUCAAGCUGGAGGAAUUCUUUGCUGGUCCGGCUGAGAUGUUUGAACCCCAUUAUGGUGUGGGAGGCAUGGGAGGAGAUGGGGACAUCUUUAACCCAGACAAUCAGGCAGAAUUCAUCAAGUUUGUACAUGAAAACACAGAGGGACUAGGCCUCCAUUUUGUGAUGGCGGAUGGAGGGUUUUCAGUGGAGGGACAAGAAAACAUCCAGGAGAUUCUGUCAAAGCAGCUGUAUUUGUGUCAGUUCUUAGUGGCAAUCUCCAUCCUCAGGACAG